AUGCCAGCAAUACAACACAAUGCUUGCUGUGCAUUGACCCUCUUUAUCCAUCCUAUAAUCCGUGAAGCCCUAGAAAUACUACUAAAAGGUUAUUUAUUAUUUAAGGAAUUCUGUGAACAGACGUCAGAGGAACCAGUGCCACAAUUAAAAUUUUAUGAAGAGAUAAAAUUAUAUGAAAAACAAGAGUGUAUAGAAGAGAGGCGGCGGAUUGCUAGAGACAUUUAUGACAAUUUUAUUAUGAAAGAACUAUUAGCACAUUCACACGAUUAUUCUAAGGAAUGCGUAGCGCAUGUACAAAAGUAUUUAAUGAAGCACGAAGUGCCACCAAAUUUGUUUGAGCCAUAUAUCGAAGAGAUAUUCCAACAUCUACGAGGGGAACCGUUUAAAAAUUUUUUAGAAAGUGAUAAAUAUACAAGAUUUUGUCAAUGGAAAAAUUUAGAACUCAAUAUUCAAUUAACAAUGAACGAUUUUAGUGUUCAUCGUAUCAUCGGUCGGGGAGGUUUUGGUGAGGUGUACGGAUGCCGGAAAGCGGACACAGGCAAGAUGUACGCAAUGAAGUGCCUCGAUAAGAAACGUAUCAAGAUGAAACAGGGCGAGACACUAGCUCUGAACGAGCGAAUCAUGCUUUCUUUGGUCAGCACUGGGGUGGAUUGCCCGUUCAUCGUAUGCAUGACAUACGCAUUUCACACGCCGGACAAAUUAUGUUUUAUUCUGGACCUGAUGAACGGUGGUGACCUUCACUAUCACCUGUCGCAGCAUGGCGUCUUCAACGAGGCGGAAAUGAAAUUCUAUGCCGCUGAAGUCAUCUUAGGUUUGGAGCACAUGCACAAGCGCCACAUAGUGUACCGGGACCUGAAGCCAGCGAACAUCCUACUGGACGAGCACGGCCACGUGCGAAUAUCCGACCUCGGACUCGCCUGCGACUUCUCCAAGAAGAAACCACAUGCUAGCGUCGGUACCCACGGCUACAUGGCGCCCGAGGUCCUCUCCAAAGGCACCGGCUACGACUCGUCGGCUGACUGGUUCAGCUUCGGCUGCAUGCUGUACAAACUACUCAAGGGCCAUUCGCCGUUCCGCCAGCACAAGACCAAGGACAAGCAUGAGAUCGACCGCAUGACGCUCACCAUGAACGUGGAGCUGCCGGAGUCGUUCAGCCCGAGUCUGAAGAGUCUGCUGGAGGGGCUGCUGCAGAGGGACAUCAACAAGCGGCUCGGCUGCAAGGGACGAGGUGCGGACGAAGUCAAAGAGCACGUCUUCUUCGCGGGCAUCGAUUGGCAGCAAGUAUACCAUCAGAAGUACACCCCGCCGCUGAUCCCCCCGCGGGGGGAGGUCAACGCGGCCGACGCGUUCGACAUCGGCAGCUUCGACGAGGAGGACACCAAGGGCAUCAAACUCACGGAAGCCGAUCAGAUGCAAUACAAAGACUUUCCGCUGGUGAUAUCGGAACGCUGGCAGUCUGAGGUCGCGGAGACAGUGUUCGAGACCAUAAACCAGGAGGCAGACAAGAUGGAGCAGAAGAAGAAGGCCAAGCAGAAGCAGAAGUUCGACGCCGAUGAGAAAGAAUCCGAUUGUAUAUUGCACGGAUACAUCAAGAAGCUAGGCGGUCCAUUCGCUAGCGCGUGGCAAACGCGUUACGCCAAAUUGUAUCCGAAUCGCCUAGAGCUACACUUAGAGAACAGUGCCAAGCCCGAGAUGAUAUUACUGGAUACAUUGGAAGAGGUCUCUUCGGAUUUCGUGUCAGUCAAAGGCGAGCAGUGUAUCGUACUGCGCACGCGGAAUGAUACGAAAAUCGUACUCACCAAUACGGACGAGAUAGGCCUCAAAGAGUGGGCGUUAUCGCUGCGUUCCGCACACAAGUGCUCACAGGAAUUACUCGCCUCAAUGGCCAAGAAGGCGGGCAAGAUCUACGGCACCGACGGCGCGAAGGAGGCCGGCUUAGCUCGCCCUCCGCCUGUCGCCUCACCUGCGCCUCCGAGAGCCCCCAACGGGGCCAACUAG